AUGAGCGAUAACAAGACCAGCAAGAAGCGUUGGUUGCCUUUGGAGGCCAAUCCGGAAGUCAUGACGGAUUAUGCCAGGAGCCUCGGUCUACCUUCCUUCCUCCAUUUUACCGAUGUAUUGUCAGUUGAGGAUUGGGCACUUGAGAUGGUGCCUCAGCCAGUGUUGGCAGCGGUCUUGCUCUUCCCAAUAAAAGAUUCGACUGAAGCAGACGACCAGAGGCGCAUUCAAGCUGUGAAGAAGGAGGAAAUACCUGCUAGUGCGUACUUCACGAAACAGACUGUGGGAAAUGCUUGUGGUACCAUAGGGAUCAUCCACUGCAUGGCCAAUAUUGAAGGCCAGUGUGGAGUUGAAUACAAAGAAGGUUCUUACAUCAACAGCCUCAUGCGAAGCACCAAGUCAAUGUCGCCUGAUGAACGCGCGGUUUACAUCGAGAAGGAUGACAAGUUGGAAAAAGCUCAUCGUGAAGCUGAGAAUCAGGGCCAGAGCCGUCCACCGGCCGAAGAUGAAUCGGUCACCACUCACUUCGUGGCAUUCACUGUUGUCGAAGGCGAACUGCUCGAGUUCGAUGGCCGCAAAACUACACCGAUACCUCAUGGAAAAUGCCCCGCAGAUCAAGUGCUGCAACGAACAGUAGAGGUUGUGAAGAAUGUGUUUAUGAGUCGAGACCCCGAUGAGAUUCGCUUCAACAUCCUAGCAUUGACAGCUGGAGAGGCGUGCCUUUAA